AUGACACUUCCUCUGUCGCAAGAAAGUCCAGCCGACUCACCCAAGGGAGACUCACGGUUCUCUCGCUUCUUCAAGAACUUGCGAGGAAACGAGUCCAGAGAAAGCAUUGCCACGCGGAAAUCAAGCGUUGGAAAACAGCCUCAAGUGCAUUUUCAGUCGACGGAAUUCCUCUCCCGCGACUCCCCGGACUCAAGCGAGUCACGUGGUCUCCCCACCACUCCAGACGUGGACAUCAACCAGUACUUUUUGCAGUUCAACAAACUCACAGGUUAUGAUUCUAAGAUCCCUGAGAAGCCACGUGACCUGGAUACCCCCGAACAGAGAGGAAUGCUUGGUGUCUAUGAGGACUUUAUGCGAGCCCAGAGAGGCACACAAUGGAGAGACGGAGACUUGGGUCCGAUGGAAAGAGAGGCCAAACUCAAGGACGAUUACUCAGCUCACAGCAGACCUUCAGAUGACUUGAAAAUCUCACCAGUAGACCCCGAGUCACAUGAUCUAGGCACUUCCAGACCCUAUGAUUGGUCACGUGACGUCGACAACGCUACACUGACCCCCAUGACUCCUCAUGUUCCCUCUUCGUGCUACAGUAUCCACAAGGAGAACCCCUACCUGGAGUCACGUGAUGCAUCAAGAGAUGGAGAUAAGUCACGUGAAAUCUAUGACUUUGUCACCAAGUCUGAUGGUAGUUCCAAACCGCGGGGUUACGACAACUGUCAUUCUACGACUUCUGAUCCUCCUUCGCGCGCGUCCAGAGCGUCACGUGUUUUUUUUGCACUCACUCUGACAUGCUUGCUCAUAAUUCUCAAGACACGUGUAACGACCAUUAUUCUCAACUAUGGCAUUGAAGACUCCCAGAUAUACUCUCAGACUGCUUGUGCUACUCUUAACACCUAUGCCGCCACCACUCAUUUCGGCCCCAAUCUUCUGUACAGUGCAAUCACGGGACAGGCAGCUGGUUAUGUGGGUGAUAUGGCUCAGGGUCUGCUACCCGGCAGCGAUGUGACUAUGAGGACCCCAGGGUUCGUGGAUGGCUUGUUAAGUCAAAUGAAGCAAGACUAUGUCCACAGUCUUACACAUACUAUUGAUUUUGGGGUUGAUCUGACCAAGAAUACCACCUCCAAGAAUGCACGAGACGCUCAGAAGAUUCUUUCAGAGGAGCUCAAGCCUCUUCAAGACAAUAUCACCCUCUUCGAGACCUCUCUCAAUUCUCUUUCUGCUAAUCUUCUCAAAAAUCCAAUAUUCGGCUUUGAGAAGUCAGGAAACACUUCCCAGCUCAGUCUCGAUAGACUCAAGAACGUGAAUUUCAGUGACAUUUUCUUCUCGGACUUCCUACCUCAUUUCCAAUCCUCUUUUGACGUUUCCAAAUCUUUCCAAAGUCCCUUCUCUUCCGCCAAAGAUGCCAUUUUGACUGAUCUCGACAAUUUUAACAAUGGAGUGAGGAAGCUGGCGCUCAAUUUGCCCACAGCUAAGGCUGUUGCCAAACAGCUGGACAAUUCGAGCUACAAUCAGCUGUUUUCAACUUUCAAGCUGUGUACCAAAGAGGAUGAGAUCAAAGAACACUACGAGAAAAUGGUACAGAGCAUCAAUUCAAAGAGCGGAGCUGUUGUGAUUCUGUUUGUCGUUUUUGCAGUUAUCUUUCUGCUCAUCACGUGUUUCCUGGAGUUGUUUGGUUUGACCCGAAAGAAACAGCUCCAGAAGGUGAGCUACCUAAGAAAGCUCAAAUUGACAGAGUCCCAUGUGGAACCCACCCACUCAAAAAACAAAAGCCACAAACCUCGCGACUUUAUUCCCUUCCCACACCACCUGUCUACUCUCACUAUCGUCACUGUUGCUGUUGCUGUGUCUUGUAUUUGUGACCUUUCUCUGUUGAGCAGUCUGAGGAUCUCUGGGGGAGCUCAGAUCGAGUUUGUCAGUGACAUGUACGAGUAUCCCACUGAUAAUGUCCCAGGCAGUGUCUCUGAGAACGUGAGUGAGCCUGUGGAACAUGUGAAUGAAUUGAAUGCUAGAGAUCUAGAGUCUGAAGACGACGCGAAACCAUUGGGGUACACUGCUGUCGAUUACAUGGCUAUCUUUUCCACAGCAGACAAGCCCUCUGCCACUUUGGUUGAGACUGCUGCUUCUGUUGCUACGCCUGUUCACAUCACAGACCUCACGAACAACAGCAUUGCGACUCUCCACAACAUUUCGUCAGACAUUAUUAGACUAGUCGACUCUGCAAACAUCUACCUGGAGGGCCUGCAGACCAAUCUGGAAACCGAAUGUCUGUCUUUUCAAAGCCAGCUCCUCAAGGGUGUCAAUUCUACGCUGAUGAAACUGGAGAAAGACCUUAACGAAGCCGUCGCAAACCGAUUUGGAUUUGAAAGAGGAGAUAUCGGAUCUCUCAACUCUGACAAGUUCCUAAGUGCUAUCUUGGAUAAAUCUAGACAUAAAGUGGCUGCUGGUACAGCCAAACUAUUCAAGAUAGACUCCAAACAAGCAGUUCUGGCAUUCAGCCAGGCCCAUAUUAACUCACUUCCGGGCUUCGCCCCUCUUCAGACCAAGACCACUAUUGCUACAAGUCUCGAGAACCUCGUCGACAUGAUGCAGAAGGUGGUAUUGAGUCAGCAGUGGUUUGCCCUGGGACUUUUCAUUGUUUGGAUUCUGAUCAUGAUCAUUGGAGGAGUGAGGUGGAUUCUCGCAAUCAAACGAGAAGUGGGUUUUAUCAACAUGAGGGUCAAAAGAUGGGAAGUUUGA